AUGUCUAAACUCGACCAGCUCGUCAAAGGUGCACCGCCUUCAGGGAUCCAUGUCCCUCCCAUCCCAACCAGUGGUGUCACACCAUCCGAACCUUCCAUUACCGACCCCCUCGCAUCCCUUCCCUCCUCUCCCCCGCAGAUCUACCUCAAUCUUCUGAUCCUCGAAGCUUCACUCCGCGCGCAGUGGUUACAGCUUCGCACGCGAAGGCGGCAACAUGCAUUCUUUUUGAGUUUGCUGGGGCUGUGGAAUAUAUGGUUUGGCUAUGCGUUGUUUCUGGCGCCGAGGGAAGAUGGUAGUGGUGUAGGAGGCUCCGUAUACUGGGUUGUAGAGAUGACGGAGAAGGUGUGCUUUAUGGGCGGAAUAGUGACAGCGUUGUUAAUAUGGGGGACCGGACAAUGGGAGCGAGGCAUACGGUGGCCGCGGAGAUUUGUGGGCAUUACAAACAGAGGACUUAGAGGGUUUAAUUGCAAGCUGGUGGUCAUCAAGCAGUCAUGGUGGAAGGAGUUACUAUCCGCAUUAUCAUUCCUAUUCUCCUACGGGUUGUUUUCGGGUAACAGCGGGAGCUCAUAUCGGUUUGUGGAUCAAUCGUUAUUGAAGGAGUCGGAGAAGGCUGCGAAAAAUGGUGGACAUCAUGCGCUACCGAACAUACAUAAAGAUGAUGAUACAAAGGGCUAUGAAGAGGACUUGGCACCUGGUGGCGAUUAUGUGAAGCUUUUAUUGCUUCCCAAGCCUUUCUCUCCAAACUUUAGGGAAAAUUGGGAUAUAUAUCGUACGGAAUACUGGGAAAAAGAAAACGAGCGACGAAAGAUACUACGACAGAAGCUAAACGACCGGGAAAGGAAACUGGCAAAGCAACAAGGGGGAUGGUUGUGGUGGACUGGAUAUCAUGGAUGGAGAUCAGGACAUGCUAUGGAUGUUGAAAAGAUUCAUCAUCGACCUCAUCGACAAAACACAGCACUGAAACGCGACCGAAGUGCAAGCGUGCGAUCACAUUCCCAUUCUCGUAAUUCAUCCCGCAGCGCAACACCCACAGCGGAAGGCGACGAAAGACCCGGCAGUGGUCAUAUGAGAAAAGGCAGUAGUGCAUCAACAACCUCUGAACGCAGAAGAAAGAAGACACUACCUGUCCCGACUCGACAGAAACUGUCACCCACUUCUUCCGGAGUGGGUACCGGAGGCUCUAGAUCCUCAACUCCCGAUGUACCAUCACCCUUGGUCAGAGAAAAUAGCUUCACGAGUCUUUCUUCCCUCGAUAGCGAAAGACCCGUGACGCCACUCUCAGGUGACACGGAUCCUGCGGUAGGCAGAUCCUUGAGAUCUUCUACGAGGGGAAAAUCGGGUACGUUGAAGGUUGCGAAGAGAAUUGAUGCUUUGGCUGCGGAGAGUGAUGAGAAAUGA